AUGCACGCAUGUACAAUCCUCGCGACCAUACUGAUCUUUCACGGCUUCACCAACGGUCUUAGGCAUGACCGUCUCCCACGACGAGCACCAACAAGGAGAGCGAAUGAAAAGUUUGAAAUGGUCAUCCUGGUUCCUGACGGUUGUUGGUGGGGGGCACCAGGCGCAUCCACAGAGUUCGGUGUAUGCGAAGAAGACAUGGACAUCACACUUGAAUUUACGACCAAGACGUCUAGUCAAGCGAAUUUCAUCUUUGGAGGACUGCAUCAAAGCGGGACGGCAGAAUUACCAAGCGGGACGAUCGUCAUGGUUCCAGAUGACAAGAUGAGUUGUACCGGUGGAUGGAUCAUCUCUCCAACAGCCGAUGUGACGUUUUCCAUGCCUGCCAGCGCUUCGACCCACUAUACGUCUUUGAUCACCUCUGGCGGAGCGUACUUCGCUUGCGAGACGCCUGUCCCGACAGCCAUGCCCUCGGCUUCGGCCUCUGCUUUCAGCUCAACAUCAGGGACACCGAGUUCGGCACAAGGACACUCGAUCUCGAGCUCAUUCGCUUCCAGUACGGCUUCGUCGAGACAGUCAGGUAGUGCAAGUGUUAGCGCUCGUGCAAGUGCAAGUGGUAUUGCGAGCGCGAGUGCAAGCCUGAGCUCGGGCGGUUUGAGAGGAAGUAUGACUUCCAGUGCAGCUCCCAGGACCAGUGUUAGUGCCAGUGCCAAUGCAGGAAACGGUGAUGAUCCUCAUCCACAAGGUCAAGUCUGGUUGACCAUACCUGACCCGCAUGUCUCCGUGUUCCCUCACACUGCCGUCGUAGGGGAAUGGAAUGCCGCUGGACCCUUCGCUCAUCUCUUCUCGUUUCACGCUUGGGUCCCGACGUAUCUAAACGAGACAUUCGACAUCAGCGUUUUAGAACAAGAGGUUUUCGUCAGCAAAGCCAUGUGCUCGAUAGGUUUGACAGCUCGACCCAGCGGUACGGAGAUCGUGACGUAUACGCUCGCAUCGACUUCACCUUGGGUCCAUCCAAGCGGUGAUGUCAAUGGAGCGUACUUGCAUUGUUAG